CUAAAUCCUACAGUCUGUUGAGGCCUUUCUUUGCAUACUUAGAGUCGUCCUGUAAAUCAUUAUUUAGCUAGACUGCUUAUACAUAAAACGUUCUUUUUGUCAUUCAAUUUUGCAAUUUUUUGUUAGAUUUAGUAUAAAUAUAAUGUAGGGUGAAGGUUUUAUCAGCCAGCAUAAAUUUAAAAAUGCUUUAGAAUGCCUAGAAAAUUAGGUUCGACAUAUUUUGGCUAUAACAAACUUGUAAGUCAGAUAUACUAGGCGUAUUGACAUCGCUUUUCAUUAAGCAUUAACACACGAAUACUAUAAGUAAUUUCAUAAACCGUUUUCAUGGUUAUUGAGAUGAAAUGUGUUAUUUGAAUAACAGAAACUGUAGUGUUUACUUCAUUUUUUUCAAUUAUUUUAAUUACGUUAAUGGACAUGUUUGUAUACGAGUCCAUUUAAAGCUGAACACAAAACAUACAUCUUUUAUCCAAUAAAAUAUCAAAUCUGAUUCACAGCAAAAAGUAUUCUUUUAAUUUUUUAAGUUCUUUGAAUGGUAUUUAUUUACGGUUUAAUCUCUUAGUUUGUUGAUACUAAUGAUAUUACUGGCCAUGAUGAUACCAUCCUGGCGUCUUUAUUUCAGGUAAAAAAAAAGGUUAUUUGUCAUACUGGUUGUGUUAGCAGCAUGCCUUAUACUUGUACUGAUACCUUUAGUAGUGAAACGGUUUCUGCCAAGACAAACUGAAACGAUGUUUUGUUUCGACACCGAGAACAUUGACAAUAAAACAGGAAAUUCUGAAUGGACUGAACAUCUCAAAUCCAAGAUAGGGGAGACUGAAAUUGACGGGUCUUAUUGCGUUGAAGCUAGUAAGGCGAUAGAUGCUAUUGUGUCAAAGAUGACUCAAGCAAGAUACGACAAAGAUGCAAACCCUGAACAUAACUUAUCAAAUCUAACCAUGUUCAACUGUGAAAUUGAGGAAAGAAACAUAUCAAAAAUACAGCUUAAGUUCAAAGGAGCCAGAUUAAUGUCAGGUGAAAGCUCAAAGAUAUUCUGGAAGUCAGAUUUUAGGUUCGGCAGAGAUGUACAAUAUCUUGACGAAGAAGGGGCGAUUUCUAUCAAGAAAUCCGGUCAUUACUUUAUUAAUGUACAGCUUACAAUCAGAAUGAAUGUCGGAAGUUUUUCUGAGAAUGUGGACAAAUUUGUGAAACUUCAGGUUAUUCAUGUCCCUGUGAAACAAAGAAGUGAGCUCAUUAUUGUUGAGAAUAUCCAUUCCGUGUGUCAAAUACCUGAUGAAGAAAGUGAACAAUCAAUCAACGUUGGUGCAUCCUUUAAGCUGAAGGAAAAUGAAAAGAUUUAUGUGGCCUUUUCACAUCCGAAUUUACUUUCAAUGGGAAAUGGGAGUGAUCAUUUUAGUAUUCAUGAAAUAUAAAAGCAGUAUUUUAAAAUCUUUCAAUAGAUUGACAACUUAAAUGGCAGCUAACAUUAUGCACAUUUUUUAAUGUGUUGUAAAAUUUGAUUCUAACUAACAACUGCUUAUAGAAUAGAAUAGAAUAAAAUAGAAUAGAAUAACUAUUUUUUCAAUCAAGGGUCAUAUUAAAUGACAUGUAAAUCACAAUAAUGAUAAUGAGAUCAAUGAUCAAAUAAAGACGUUAUAGAAACAAAACUUGAUUUGUAUUAUAGUUACAACAAUGAACUUAAAGAAAAACAAAACACAAAAACAAAAUAAAUGUCAGAACUUCGCUAACUAGACUUAUCUUUACUAUUAAACAUAAUAAUAAUAAUUAUAUAUAUAUAUACAU